CACUUUUAAGACCACAGACUUUACAGUGUACCACCACCUCACUCACACGGUUCACACGUGUGACUGAAACAGCCUAUAUAUCCUUCUCGAACUCUCCCACUCCUUUGAUCUAUCUCACUCUUUAACCAAACACUACUUUUCAAAGCUCUCUUUCUCUAUUCGAUUGAUUGCGAUGGCCACCAAGAGGAGCGUUGGAACUCUUAAGGAGAGUGAGUUGAAGGGAAAAAGGGUUUUUGUGAGGGUUGAUCUCAAUGUUCCAUUGGAUGACAAUUUGACCAUCACCGAUGAUACUAGAGUCCGCGCUGCUGUCCCUACCAUCCAGUAUUUGAUGGGCUAUGGCGCUAAAGUCAUCCUAUGCAGUCACUUGGGGCGCCCAAAGGGUGUGACACCCAAGUUCAGUCUAAAGCCUCUUGUUCCAAGGCUUUCUGAGCUCUUGGGCUAUGAUGUUAAGAUGGCAAAUGACUCUGUUGGUGAGGAAGUUGAGAAGUUGAUUGCCGAGACUCCAGAGGGAGGAGUUGUGCUUCUUGAGAAUGUGAGGUUCUACAAGGAAGAAGAGAAGAAUGAUCCCGAGUUCGCCAAGAAGCUAGCUUCUCUUGCAGAUGUCUAUGUGAAUGACGCAUUCGGUACUGCCCACAGGGCUCAUGCUUCCACCGAGGGCGUUGCCAAGUACUUAAAGCCUUCUGUUGCUGGAUUCCUUAUGCAGAAGGAACUUGAUUAUCUUGUUGGAGCUGUGGCCAAUCCUAAGAGGCCAUUUGCUGCCAUUGUUGGGGGUUCAAAGGUGUCAUCAAAGAUUGGAGUAAUAGAAUCCUUGUUGGGCAAAGUAAACCUUCUCUUCUUGGGUGGAGGUAUGAUCUUUACCUUUUACAAAGCCCAGGGUUAUGCGGUUGGAUCAUCACUAGUAGAGGAAGACAAGUUGGAGCUGGCUACUUCACUUAUGGAAAAGGCCAAGGCGAAAGGUGUUACGAUUCUUCUCCCAACAGACGUGGUCAUCGCUGACAAGUUCUCUCCAGAUGCUAACAGCAAGAUUGUGCCAGCAUCGAGCAUUCCCGACGGCUGGAUGGGAUUAGACAUUGGCCCAGACUCCAUCAAAACAUUCAGUGACGCUCUUGACACCACUCAAACUGUUAUCUGGAACGGUCCCAUGGGAGUUUUUGAGUUCGAAAAGUUUGCUGCCGGAACUGAGGCCGUAGCCAAGAAGCUAGCCGAGCUCAGUGGCAAGGGAGUGACAACUAUCAUUGGAGGAGGUGAUUCGGUUGCAGCAGUGGAGAAGGUUGGACUUGCAGACAAGAUGAGCCACAUCUCAACCGGAGGCGGUGCCAGUUUAGAGCUUCUUGAAGGGAAGCCACUCCCCGGAGUUCUUGCCCUUGACGAGGCUUAGGGGGUUUCUUGUUUGUUGAUUCCCCAAGUUUUCCUGUUUUGCAAAAUUAAUGCCAGUUAAAUGGUUGGUUUUUCAACCAGAGGAUGAUCUUAAUUAUCCUGUAGAGAGCCAUAUAGCCUUUUAGAUCAGAAUAAGUGCUUUUCUUUCUCAUGGUGUGUUUAUUUAUAUUUUUCAUCCAUGAAUGAAAACAUUGCUUUUUUUUGGAGGAAUGUAUCUCUUUGGGAACCAUGUUUUGAACUCAACAAACAGAUCGUCUUCAAUUAAUUGAUGAAAGUAUGUUGAUCUUUCUGCAA